AUGCGAGCCGUACACCUCAUCUUCCUGCUGGCAUUCCUAUUUGCCGGCAGCCAAAGUGGCCCGCCCGGCGAGGAUGACAACGAAUUCGCCGAGUUUGAAGACGCUGAUGAGACGAUCCACUACACGCCACCAUCCCCUCCACCACCACAACAACAAAACAAGGCCGCCCCCUCGCCUCCAGCACAGGAGAAGAAACCGCUAGCCAACGAGUUUGACAACGACGAGGAGGACUAUGGAAUCAACGAUGAGCAAGAAACCUUUGAGGAGCCCGACUCUAUCGCGCCAAAGGCCCAAGAACCGCUCCGCUUCUCGGAUGUGCCCGCUCACUUCCGGUCGAAUUGGGCCUCGUACCAGGUAGAAGCUGCUGUGAUCGUGAUCCUCGUGCUCUACAUGCUCAACUACGUCUAUGGAAGGGGCGUCAAUCAGGGACUCGCUUACACUUGGUUCUCCGCUCAUCGCGAUGCUCUCGAGCAGCAGUUCUCGGUUGUGGGGGAUGAUGGAUUGACUGAGGAGCCGUCUGAUGGAAAUAUUACCAAGGAGACCGACUACUCGUUCUCGAUCUGGUGCUCGGGCCGUGUCGGCGUCACCUCACUGCAGAUCCAGAUGCGCACGGUGAAGCGGCAGGAUCUCGUCAGCCGUGUCAUGGGCAUCAUCACCCCGCAAAAGGAUAGAAUCACCUUCCGUUUUGACCUGGACGCGCAAGAAGUGGACCCGUGGGUGCUGGCCGUCGGACAACGGAAGAUCGUCGCCAAGCAGCACAAGGAAUUGGCCGAUCUGUCCACCUACGCACUCGAGAAGAAGCCGGGAUCGAUGCAAGGAUUGCCCGCUUCCUGGGGCAUUUUCACCGAACUCAACGAGGCUGCCAUGGGCAUCCUGGACCCUGGCCUGCUGACCCUGUUGCGCAAGUACGAGUCGAAGAUACACUCAAUCCACGCCUCGGAUCAAUAUUGCGGCGCGAAGCUGCCGGAUGGGGAGACGUACACCCGACUGCCGGAAGUGUCUCGAGUCGUCAUCAUCACCGUCGAGCUGCAGGAUGGCGGGGAUGAGCUCCGCCAGGAGGAGACCGAGAUUCUCAACAUGAUCUUCUACAUUGUCGACAAGGUUCGCCGAUUCCGCCUCUCACGUGAAGCGAAACUGAAGACGGAGAAGAACCGCCAGGCCGUUGAGGAGGCGUUCAUGAAGACCACCCACAUUCAACGCCAAGAAGCCGCUCAAGCCCGUCGAGAAGAGCGGACCCGCGAGAGGAAGCAGCGAAUUCUGGAGGAGGAGGACCCGGAUAAGCAGAGAAGACUCGAGAAGAUGGAGGCCAAGCACGACCGCAAGUCGAAGCAGCCAAAGAUGAAGCAGAUGAAGAUUCGC